AUGCUGGAUCUUCAGACGAACUAUUGCAGGGAAGUGGAAUACUAUCCAAAGACGGUCAGCAAAGCACAAGAUAUGUUGAAGAUUCACAUGGAUGUGAUUAAAAAUCCGGGAUUGAACCUGUACCAAGAAAAAUACCAACCUAAUGAAGACAGACUGCUACCAAAGAUUCAAUGGAAGCAUCCUGAUGAAUAUGUUGACUAUGGGAAGAAGCUCAAUCUGAAUCAGAUUGGAGCAACUCUCCCAGCUACUGUUCCAGCUAUAGUUCCUGGAGCUUCUGCAUCCACAAGUGGAGCAUCGAGCGUUGCGGGAAGCGUUAACACACCUUUGCGGCUUGCUGGUACUACAGGUAAUCAGAUGAUGCAAGUUCCUUUGGGAAUGCAGCUCAUGCAGAUUCCAACUCAAGGUGGCGGCACUUUGACUGUCGUGAAGACUGGCUAUUACGAUACGUCAAAUGUCUUCCACAAUGCUAUCAAGGGAAAGGAUGAGAAUGGCAAUGAUGUCUAUCUUAUUCCAUGUCCUGCUGGUACGACAAAUGUCGAACUUCAAGCCGACUGGCACUAUGCUGGUGAAGAUGAAGAUUUGCCUGAUCUUCCCACUGAGGCAGAUCGAGGUCUGCAGUUUAUUCAAAGCUGCAGAAGAGAAAGAGACCCAUUUGGAUUGUACAAUCAUGUCAUCAUGGACAGUGGUUGUACCAACACCACCAUUUGUAAUGGUGAGCUCAUGCAUGGACUCCGUCAUGCUGAGAAGGAGCUCGAUUUGCACACCAACGUGGGCAGCAGAGUUCUCGACGAAGAAGGUUUUCCGCCUCCAGUCUAUUAUGAUGAAGAUGGAAUUGCCAAUGUACUUGCUAUGCGCAAGAUGAUUGCUGCGGGAUACCGCAUUACUAUGGAUAUUGAUGCUGACAAUGCCUUUAUUGUGCAUUGUGAUGGAGACAGAAAGAUGCAAUUUGUGAAUUGUAAGGGUGUGUAUGUGUUGGAGCAACUUGGAGCAGCUGCCAAAGAGACAAGUGCAAUGUACCGUCGCCAGUUAAGCAACUUAAAUAAUCAACCAAAUUUCGAACUUUCUUCAAACAAACAGAAUGGAUAUGCUGGACUCAGGAUGACCUCUAAGAUGGCAACUGUUUGA